AUGACUAUCACUAAGGUCUACAUAGUGUAUUACUCCUUGCAUGGACAUGUGGAGAUCAUGGCAAGAGAGAUACAGAGAGGCGCUAAUUCUGUUUCAGGUGUAGAAGCUAAACUUUGGAAGGUUGCCGAGACACUGCCUGAGCAAGUUUUAGAGAAGAUGAAGGCUCCUGAAAAACCUGAUGAUGUGCCUGAGAUAAGGCCUGAGCAGUUAGUGGAGGCUGAUGGCUUUAUCUUUGGUUUUCCAUCUCGUUUUGGGGUAAUGGCGGCACAAUUCAAAGCCUUCUUUGACGCCACACAUGAGAUAUGGGCUAGCCAGGCACUUGCUGGAAAGCCUGCCGGAAUCUUCUGGAGCACCGGCUUCCAUGGGGGUGGUCAGGAACUUACUGCAUUGACAGCCAUAACACAGUUAGCACAUCAUGGCAUGGUUUUUGUUCCAUUGGGAUAUACCUUCGGAAGUGGUAUGUUUGAGAUGAAUGAGGUGAAGGGUGGAUCCUCUUACGGUUCAGGCACUUAUGCAGCAGAUGGAUCGCGUCAACCCACAAACCUUGAACUUCAGCAAGCCUUCCAUCAGGGUAAGUAUGUUGCUGAAAUCACUACCAAGCUGAAGAACAGUAACUAA